GAAAAAUCUGACAAAAAAGAAAUAGAAAUCAUGUCCAUACCAAAAAAAACUAAACAUCGUUAUUAUCAUCUCACUCAGCAAGGAGCAGAACUAACCGAAAAACAACUUGAGGCCAUUCGUAAAGUGGUUAGUGGUUAUACUAAAAAAUAUGCUGACGGCAAAAAUAAGCCUUGA